UCAAACUCAUCUGUUUCAAUCGUCUUCUCUUUCUUCACCCUCACUUUGUUUCUUCUCCUCCAAAGAGGCAUCAUGAUGAACGGAAAGGUCGCAGAGGCCGUGGAGGAGUUCUGCAACAACUCGUUCGGCGACCUCAAGAUCAUGGACGCCAAGAAGUCCGCCGUCGCGCACCGCAAGCACGAGACGUCCCGCAAAGAGUCCGAGGACGUGUCCCGCCUCCCGGCGCUGGAGGCCGCCUACACCAGCAUCCUGCGGCACCUGGGGGAGGACACGGACCGCGAGGGGCUGCUGCGCACGCCGCUGCGCGCCGCCAAGGCCAUCCAGUUCCUCACCAAGGGCUACCACGAGACCAUCGACGACAUUUUAAACAACGCCAUCUUUGAUGAAGACCAUGAUGAGAUGGUGAUCGUGAAGGACAUCGACAUGUUUUCUCUCUGCGAGCAUCACUUGGUGCCUUUUUUUGGAAAGGUUCACAUCGGCUACAUCCCCAACAAAAAAGUGGUGGGACUGAGCAAGCUGGCAAGGAUUGUGGAGAUAUACAGUCGGAGACUUCAAGUUCAAGAGCGUCUGACCAAGCAGAUUGCCUUGGGGAUAUCUGAGGCCCUCCAGCCAAGGGGUGUAGCUGUGGUUAUUGAAGCAGCGCACAUGUGCAUGGUGAUGCGUGGCGUGCAGAAGAUGAACAGCCGCACGGUGACGAGCACCAUGCUUGGAAUUUACCUGGAGGACCCCAAGACCCGGGAGGAGUUCUUGGCUCUCUCCAUGCACAACUAAACCUUCAACGCUCGUCCCUUUGCACACAGGAAGAUCUGGAGUUGCCGUAGGUCCAAAAUGUGACAAUUUAAAAACACUUAGAUCUGGACAACAGGUUGUAAAGUCACAGCAGGACCUCCAGCUCUUGAUCUGACCUCAACAACACACUGAAUGAUUUCAGAAUAAAAUCACUGUGAUUGCAACAAA